AUGGAUCCGUUAACGGCAGAAAUUCGUCCCUACGCUGCUGAAGAUAGCAAGUUGGCCCUCUUCAUCGUCGGCAAGGCGAAUAUGGAGCAAUUAGCCAUGGCGAAUAAUCGCGUGUACACUAACCCUGUGACGAUUUCUUUAUGGGUUCUGCUCUCUGCGAUCUUCGUCCAGUACAUGAAAUGGUGGCCAGCAUCGACCGAGUAUGGAUGGGUGUCUUAUUUAAGGCCACUUCCUGCAUUAGCGUCAAUGGCCGUUCCCAUCAUGUUCUUUGUUGACUGGAUAAACCGGCCUUAUUUUGAAAAGCUCACGCAGGAGACGCUGCGCCAACCUGACAUGACCCAAAUCGCGGAACAUUAUACUCUUUCGCCGGGUUCAGGUUUCUGGAUUCUUGAAUAUGGAAACCGCUUCGUUGGACUCAUAGCCCUCGACGCUUCUCCAGCGCAAAUCGAGGGUGAUGAAGGUGCCAAAAAGUCGAAGAAAGCCAAGACGAACCAAGGGGAGACACCCCACACUGCGAUAAUCCGCCACUUUUAUGUUGAUGAGGCCUUUCGUGGCGCGCGGAUUCAAGACGACCUACUGGUCCACGCAGUAGACUUCGCGUUUUCCAAUGACCCCACUCUUGUGGCCGUUCAGGCAACCGAUUCACCCCUUGCGUCUUACACUCGCGAAGCUUUGCGAAAGGCUGGAUUUCAGUUGGAUCAGUAUACAGACAAGGUCGGCAUUCUUGGUUGGAAGUUGGGUGUUCGUGUGAUGGAGCGGAGCGAGUGGAAAAAGACAAAGACAGGUUGA